AUGCACAGAAUGCUCUUUUUUAAACUUUAGCUUUCAAAUCCAACUGAUAACUCUAUAACAAUCAGGAGAAGCACAGGUACAGUUUCAAAACUACGGACAAGCUCGCAUUUACACAGGACAAACAAGGAAAGGAAAGCAUAAACAUUGAAAUCUUGACUGACAGCAACUCGAUGUAGUCAGGGGUGCAGUCCAUCCACGUGUCACUCAACUCCAUUUUACAUCGUGGAGUUGAGAAACUCCGCUACAGAGUCUCUAGGGAUGUCUAAAUGUCAGGUCUUCAAUCGGCAAACCUAGACGGUUCUGAGGAUUCAACUCACUGGUCGUGACUGCUCGUGAGCUUUCUGCUAAGAAUCCCGGAAACGAGUCUCAACAAGGAGAAGGAGGCGGUUACAUCCGCAUGAUCAUGAAGCGAACGCCAAUGGUCUCGCGGAGGAAUCGGUAGCCACGGUAUUCCCUCUUGUGCGUAGGAAAAUGGGCGGUUUUGGGGAAAGCUCGGUCACGCUGCGUGGGUGUUGAGUGUAUAGUAAAGGGCUGCCACGGCAGUAUUUAGCACAGUCUGCAGUCAGCCGCUCAGUCAACCAACAGCCCAAUCACAGCUAAAACAGCCAAGAGCUUUUCAGCACCAAAAAACAGCGGACAGCUCCUCAAUAAGCGAACACUAUGGUUCUGAUCUGGACCCAGUUUGGAGUGAAAACCAAAAAUGGCAAGUGCAAGGUCCGCGUUAUGAACAGGAAUGACAGCUCGGGCUCUUCAUCAGGGGAGAACCAGAAGGACCAAGAGGUUCCCGUUCUGUCCAGGCCUGUGGGGAAGGAUUUCUACAAGGUCCUGGGUGUCGAGUCUGACUCCAAUGAAGAUGAAAUCAAGAAGGCAUACAGGAAGAUGGCCCUGAAGUUUCACCCCGACAAGAACAGCGCUGCGGAUGCCGCGGACAAGUUUAAGGAGAUUGCAGAAGCUUAUGAGAUUCUGACCGACUCCAAGAAAAGGGUCAUCUAUGAUCAGUUUGGAGAAGAAGGUCUCAAGAACGGAGGCGGGGUGUCCAUGGCAGGCAAAGAGAACAACCCCCAUCACUAUAGUUACCACGGCGAUGCCCACGAGACCUUCUCAACAUUCUUCCAGGGCUCCGACCACUUCGACAUCUUCUUCGGGCCCGACGGCGAGGAGGAGCUUUUCAAUCCCUUUAACCGUUUCACCUUCAGCAAAGGUGAUGGUUACCAUGGUAACUACGGCCCCAACGGUGAGAAACUUCGUCGCGGGCGACGGCAGGGCGUGGCGGUGGUGCACGACCUCCUGGUGACCCUAGAAGAGGUGUUCCAUGGCUGCUCUAAGCACAUGAAGAUCACGCGGCACCGCCUCAACCCAGACGGCCGCAGCUUUCGCACUGAGGACAAGGUCCUGAACGUGGUGGUGAAAAAGGGAUGGAAGGAGGGUACCAAGAUCACCUUUCCCAGAGAGGGUGACGAGACGGCCAAUAGCAAACCCGCUGACGUGGCCUUCAUCCUCAAGGACAAGAAACACCCCCACUACAAGAGGGACGGGUCCAACAUAGUCUAUACGGCAAAGAUCACCCUCAAAGAAGCUCUAUGUGGAUGCACAGUCAACGUCCCCACCCUCGACAACAGGACGAUGCCACUACCGUGCAGUGACGUCAUCAAGCCCGGCGCCAUUCGGCGGCUGAGGGGCGAGGGGCUGCCCCAUGCCAAGACCCCCACCACACGUGGCGACCUGGUGGUGGAGUUCCAGGUGGCCUUCCCUGACAGGAUCCCUCCCCAGUCCAAAGAGAUCAUCAAACACAGCCUCAUUGGGUGCUAACAUGCUAUCGUGCUAACGACCACAACAGCUAGCCGAUACAAUCACAGCCUUGCUAGGUGCUAUGACAAUCCAGCACAGCUUCUCUCUGUGCUUGGUUAAGAGACAAUGGCAGGAAUGGAAUCUUUAAAAACAUAUAUACCUUUUUGAUUAUAGGCACUAUUCAUCAUCUACAAUGCCACAGGGGAAAAGGUUUACAGUUUAACAGGCCAAUGGACUCCUGAGUGUCUGGGCACGUUUUCUGACUGACUGACUAGCCUUUCUCUUGAAUGAAAAAUGGUAGAGGUACUCUUACUGUGUUGCCUAUAUCAAGAAUUUGGUAUGCCAAUAGAGUCAUUCGACUCAUUAGAGAAGCCUGAGGUAGUUGAUUGUCACGUGGCAAAAUUAUUCUACCAGUUGUAUGGUGUUCAUAUGUCUGCACUUUUACAUUGAUUUAUUACAAUAAAUAAACAAAUAUGUACUUGUGUACAAGACUGUACUAAUGUACAAAUAUAGUUAUAACUGUCUCUAAAAGAGAUGAAUUUGUCAAAUGUUCAACUGAAUCAUUUGAAACAUUUGUAUAUAUUUGUGCUUUAACUUAUACCAGAUGUUAAUGUUUUAUUCUAAAUUGACAAAUGGACAAAGAAAAGCAUGUUAAAUAAAUGAAAAUACCUGAAUUUAAAAAAAAGGUUGUGUUUUAUUGUUUUAUUCAAAUGUUCAACACUGGUCAUGAACUAUGAUUCAGGAUAAGAAUAAGCAUGUCCAUAUCACAAAAGGAAAUGUGAAAUACACUGAACAAAACAAAAAAUACAUUCAGCAUGCAAUUUCAACG